CUCAGACAGCCUGAAAUGAAAGUCAGAAAAAAACAGCUGACGUGUGUUCUGAGAAACUGAAACUGUUUUUCCUUCUUGCUAGAAACUGAAAGUUACUGUCAACAUGGACACCAAACCUCAGAGCAAGAGAAUAGCUUUGGAUAUCAAAGAAUGGGAGCAGACAUUUCAAGAACUGAUCUGUCAGGAGAAACCCCGGGCCAGAUGGACCCUGAAGAUGGAUGGAAACCUUCGGCCAAACUGUGUGGCCCAGGGGUGGAGGCAAUACCAGCAGAGAGGAUUUGGCAGGUUUCAGUGUUCCUCAUGCCGUCGAAGCUGGGCUUCCGCCCAAGUGCAGAUACUAUUCCACAUGUACCUGGAGAACCAGAAAUCCACGGGCAAGGUGCUCAUGCGGAUCUUUGGACAGAGGUGCAAGAAGUGCUUCCAGUCUCAGUUUGAGAAGCCUGAUUUCUCCCCAGAAAGCAGCCAGAGGAUUCUGAAAAACCUGGUGCAGCGUGUUCUGGAGAAAUUCUACAGAAAUGGUAUCAGGAAGGUUUCGGAGAUACCUGUGAAACCGGAAGUACCUUUGGAUGGGUCCCAUGACAAGGCCAAUUGUGAAGCAUGCAUUCUGGGCUACUGUGGACUGAACUUAGAAAACUGCAUGACAGGGCCAGGAAAAUCCUCUCUCUCCUACAUGAACACUGGGAGUUCCUCUCCUCACAAUGGUGACGAGUGUGGCCAAAACCGAUCUAGGAACCACUCAGCAGCGGGGAGUGGGUAUUCUGAAACCCUUAUAGGCUCAGGGCCCAGCCAUGUCACUGCUGGGAUCCAAGUGCCUGGGACAGGCCCUCAGCCUAAACGGGAGAUGGGCCAGCUGUUCACACCAGGGGGAGAUCGACAGGCGGCGCGGGCAACCGGCCCACAGCCCAUCCAAGUAGCAAGAUCACUUCCCCCAGGGUGCACCGAUCCACGGCCCAAUCCAGCAGUAGGCCCACUACCUGCAGGGGGUGCAUAUUCACAGUCUACACUGGGGAGAGGACUGCAGGCCCCCCGGAUGACGUACUCUCAGGCUAUAAGGAUGUCAGGCCAGCGGUCAACACAGGACGCACAAGCCACACAAGGGGCACAGCUUCAGGCCGCAAAGACAACAGAGCCACAGCCCACCAGAGGGACAAUGCCAAGGGCCACAUCAAGGUCAGACAGUCAGGCUAAAGCGAGGGCAGGCCCCCUGCCACAGGGGUCAAGCUCACAGCCUGUACAGGGGGCAAUCCCAAAGGCCACAACAGGGUCAGACAUUGAGGCUGCAGGGAAGGCAGGCCCCCUACCCCAGGGGUCAAGCUCACAGCCCACACGAGAGGCAAUCCCAAAGGCCACAUCAGGGUCAGACACUGAGGCUACAAGGAGGGCAGGUCCCCCAGUGGGGUCAAGUGCACAGCCCACAUGGCCACAUGUAGGACCUUCGUGUGGAAGUCAAGCUGCCUGGGGCAGGGAGGAGAGGUGGUCACCUGGAGGGUCUGCUUCAAACAGCUUUUACAGAUUACCUCCCUCAAAUGAUUUCCGUAACCAGGAGCAGCUCUUCAGGUGGGGCUAUGCCUGUGUUUUCGCUCUGUUUACCUUUCUGGUGUCUAAAUACUUAUGAUUAGAAUGAUACAGAAAAAAAAAAAAAAAAAGAGCUGUCUUCUCUUGUCCUACUUUCAUGGUAGUCAGUGAAGUGGCUGCCAUUUUAAUAUGACAAAAUUUGCUCUGGGACCAAUGCAGGGUCAGGUUUAGAGAAUAACCAAUGGUUCCUGGACCUCCUCUGUAGGUAGUUCAAAACAUGACCCAGGGAAUGCAAACUGAUUCAGCUACUAUAAAGAAUACUAUGGAGAUUCCUUUUAGAAAACUAAAAAUAAAGCUAUCAUAUGACCCAGUAAUCUCACUACUAGGCAUAUACCCUUAGGAAACCAUAAUUGAAAAACACACUUGUAUCCCAAUGUUCCUUGCAGCAUUAUUUACAAUAGCUGGGACAUGGAGCAACCUAGAUGUCCAUCAGCAGAUGAAUGGAUAAAGAAAUUGUGGUACAUAUACACAAUGGACUAUUAGCUACAGAAAGG